UAUUCGGACCAUUGAUUUUUCGAAUCAGUAGGCUUCCAUGUUUUCGUAUGUUCUUAUUUUGGGAAAACCCAGGAUAUCAUCAUCAAAAUAUCGACAAGUGUCUUAUGGGACAAUAAACAAAGGAAAUCAUCACUUGUGGAUGGGAUGUCCUGUCUCUAAAUUGAAUAUCCUGUGGACCAUUGUGAGACAUAUUACUAGCGCCUCAACAUGUCCAGGAACCAAGGUGCCAGAAGAGCCGGAGGCCACCCAAUAUCUAUCAACGGAAUUCUUGACAAUGCCAUGAGGGCAGUGAAAGAUGCACAGAUUGCUGUUGCCCAGAUACAGAACAUCUCCGACAUAGACAAAGCCCCGCCCUACAUCUCUCCUAACACCUCUUUGGUGAACCCUAUGACUGGGGAGAGGAUACCUCCCACUGGAGCCUCUUCAUCAGCAUCUGCCGCCAGACAACCAGUAACCAAAGAUAACUCAGCAAUUAAAAUGACAGAUGGUACACUAAUCAACAUCGUGGCCUGUCAGAAUGUACAGAUCGGCCACUACAACAGGAUGUACGUCCAGACAGGACGCCAGCAGAACCAGGAGGUGGAAGAGGACUCAUCCUCUGAUUCUGACAACUUUGACAAUGAGGAAGACCUACAGGAGCAGGUGCGGCAACGGUGUCUGGCUGAUGAGGAAACAGCUGAAAUACUUAGAGAUUCGCAUCGCCAGGUCUCAGAUGUUGAGCUCCAGCGAUUGUCUCGUUACGUCGGUGGCUCGUGGAGGCGAUUAAUUCGGCUGUUGGGGAUUGAGGAGUCAGAUGUGGACUACAUUUUCCACACCCACCAGAGCGACGGUCUUGAAGAGGUCAUAUACCAGCUGCUGAAGAAGUGGAAAAUAGGAAACAAUAACCCCACAGUUGGCGACCUCAUCGCAGCGCUGGAGAAAGCCGAGAUGGGUCGAUUAUUGAAACACCUGAAGCCUUAAAACCUUUCUUAUGUGUUCUGUAUUUCCUGAAAUAACCACCAACUUUCCAAAGAAACGAGAAUUUUAUUUUGUCAGUGAUGAUUUUGUCAAUAUUUUGCUUGUAUGACUAAAUGCAUUGCCCGUCUUUAAGUGAUGGAAUGUUAUUGGAAUGUUUCUAAAAUAAUUUAUACCCCCUGGCACAGCCUGUUGCCAAUGCCAAUACAACUGAUGUGUUAAAAGAGGAUUUUGUGUUUAGGGGGGUGUGCUAAUUUCAGGAAAUAUGGUAUUAAGAAGUUUAUGAAGUGAAAUAAUUCAGAUUUUUUUUUCAAAUAGGAUUGAGUUAUUGCAAGAUUAAUUACAGAUUGAAAGGUAUUUUCUCUGUUUCAAUGGUUACGGAUGUUUGCGUAGAUCCUAUGAAUACGAUUGACCAAUGGGAAUUUUUGUAUUGGUUUGAAAAUUAUCAACACCCAGCUAGGACUGGAGUGUGAUGAUUCAUCAUGUUCAUAGCAAAGUGUUUGCACGUCCAGAGAGUGAAAUUUUUUGUUUUGAAUAACGAAAAAUAAGAAUUAUCAUCAUCAUUUUUUGUUUAAAAUAAGGAAAUAAUCAAUGCCUUUCUUGUUAUUAACAUUGUGAAUGUUCCAAGCUUAAAUUGCCUGGUAUAUGGAUACAUUCAUUGUGUUUUAUGAUUGGACUUGACUUAUCUUUGCAAUGUUGACACCAAACUCCAUCCCAGUGUGUGACUCCUUCGAUUACCCUCCCAGUAUCAUCGCUGCCAGUGUCAACGCUUCAUCGCAGGGAAGUGCUGUGACUGGUGGCAGCAAUAGUAUAGAGAGUCUCACAAAUGGACUAGCACUGUGAGGAGCUUGUGUUGACACAUGGCUUCAGGAGAUAUUAUAUUUCAGAUAGAUGUUAUUCGUUUUGUUGCUGCUUAUUGUUAAAAAAGUUUAAUUUGAACCUGCCAACUUCAAAUUGUCUUUGUUUUAAAAAACAGUUUCAUUCCUCAACAGUGAUGUAUCCUGGGAAGAAUUGAUUAUUGACAAGAAACUUGAGGUCAGGAGGUCCCUGUUUCUUAAAGUGGUACUACUUCCGCACAUAAAUAUACACCUCCUCCCUGGGCAGUCCGGGUUAGAACAGGUCCCCAGCAACUGAUGCUUGCUGUGUGAUGUGACUUCAUGGAUCACGUGGUCAGCCCAGGUGACAUGGUUGAUUAUGUGUCAGCGUUCCCUGAACGUGGGGAUUGUUGCUGAGUUGUAUCACCUGGCACCCUGGAUCAUCGAUUCAUCCUGAUGAUUGUUUUGAUUUUAAGUCACAUCCCACUGCUUGCAUCUUCCCGAGGCAAGAGAGUUAACUGACUUUAAAAGUCCAGUUUCCACCCUUACCGAACUAGGCUGGAAGUCCUGGGCUCGAUCGUAGGGC